GUUCUGUGACGUCACAAUGUCACUUCCUAGAUACCAACACUAGCUUCUCCCGUUACCAAACAUGGCGGACCUAGGACUAACACGAGUGCUUCCCUAGCUCGACUUCAACACAGAUGAGCCUUCCGGCGUAACUGAUCGAAAGAUAUAGUGCUUUACCAACUGUAUUCAUCAGUGUAGCAAAAUGAGCGCUCGUCGUCGGAAGAAGGAUGAGAAGCCUCCGCCUGCAACCGGACCCGGAAGUAAAAUCAUAUCGCUUCCGGAUCCGGUUAAAAAACACUUGAAGAAAAUUGGAGACACAAAGAAAAUCCAUCUCAAAUUCGGAACUGGGAAUUGGAAAUCUUUGCCGAUAGAAGUGUAUAGUAACGAGGAACUAUUUGAACUUUCCGUGAAAUUUAGUGCUGAAAACAACCGUCUGAAGCGUCUGCCAAAAGCUAUAGCAGCCCUAGAAAAUCUUGAAUAUAUCAAUGUGCAAAACAAUUCACUUUCGGCUUUUCCUGGAUCUGUGUCGCGAAUGAAAAAGCUUGUAACUUUAGAUAUUGAAAAUAAUAGCAUUAAAAAGCUACCUCCGGCAAUUCACAAAGCUACGGGACUGACAACGUUAUUAGCUCGCAAUAACAGGAUACGUGGAUUGCCAAAAAAUAUCGGCAAGUCGACUUCAUUGACAUAUGUGAAUGUUUCCGGAAAUCUGAUAAAAUCUUUCAAAAAAGGUGUUUAUGAAAUGACGGGGGAGCUGGAUCUUUCUGACAAUCGUCUGACAGAAAUGCCCACAGCUGCAGUGAAAAAACCAAACAUCCAACGCCUUAAUUUAGCGCGAAAUGGGAUCACGUAUAUGCCCGAUAAUAUCGAUAAAUUACAGCGUCUCGUGUGGUUGGAUCUAUCCCAUAAUUCCCUGUCCGAGCUUCCCGCCCAGAUCGGAGGUGUUAAGUAUCUGCACUUUUUAGACCUCAGUCACAACAGCCUGAAAGCUCUCCCGGAAGAAAUCUGUAACCUUGGUUACGCGUUGGACACGCUGAAUAUUUCCCACAACGAGAUUCCCGUGCUACCUGACGAUAUGAACCACUUACAGAAACUGAGAGUGCUGGAUGUAUCACACAACCAAGUCGAGUAUGUACCAGAGGGAAUCCGUGAGAUACAUUCCUUACAAACAGUCAACAUAUCACACAACAGGCUUAACUCCAUGAAGUUCGCAGUAUAUCUAAAAACACUGGAGCACCUACAUCUGUCAAAUAACCAGAUCGAGGUCAUACCGGAAGUACUAGACAACAUGAAGUGCCUCGUCACCCUGGACGUGUCCAAUAACAAGAUCAAGGAACUCCCUGCAAGUAUUGGCUACAUCAAGACCAUCAAAUCUCUUAACGUCGGCAAUAAUAAGUUGUCCGUGCUGCCGGACAGUAUUGGCCAUGACCAGGUUCUUACGUUACUGGACAUUAGCCACAACCGUAUAGCCGCCUUACCCACCGAUCUGCGCAAGCUCAGGAAUGUGGAAACGUUCAUUAUUAGCCAUAACGAAAUAGCCGCCAUGCCAAAGUCAAUUGACUUCUUGUACCAACUCCGGACCUUGGACGCGGCUAGUAAUGGGCUCACCGAACUCAUCCUGCCCAAAACCCUGACCUGUCUCAACCUCUCGGACAACCCGAUGAUGGUCAAUCCGACUGACCACAGAUCAACCAUGGUUGUCAUGGGAGAUAAAGACCACCUCCGAAACCUGACGUCAUUAUCGUUAUGUAAAUUAGCACUGGAUGAGAUUCCGCCAAGUGUCUUCAAUCUUCGGUGCUUAAAAAGUCUAGAUCUCUCCAACAACUCGCUCAAGAGUCUUGGUGAUAACAUUUGCAAACUCAAGGCACUGGAAUGUUUGGAAGUCACAAACAACGAACUAGCAUCACUCCCAGCUAACAUCGGGGUCUUGAAGAAACUUCAGAAGCUGCAGGUCAACAAUAACGCGAUAGAGAAAUUCCCCCCUAGUCUUGUCAAACUCAUAUCUCUCUGUCAUCUGGAUAUGUCGUUCAACAAAAUGUCCCUCCUUCCGGAUAACUUCGGUGACCUCAACAAGCUCACGCUAAUGGACUUGUCAAACAAUGAACUAUUGACCUUCCCUAUCGAUCGUAUCGACGUCCUUGCGUCUCUUCUUGAACUCAACAUCUCCAAAAACCACAUCAACAAUAUACCCAUGGACUUCCCAUAUCUGUAUCGGCUUAAAGUUCUUCAAGCAAGCAGCAAUGACAUCAAAGGCAUUCCGAAUGAUGUUGACAAAAUGAAAUCCCUGGAGUUUCUAGAUUUAUCUGAUAAUGUUAUAGAAGGUCUGCCGGAAAGGAUUUGUAAGCUUGCUGCCCUGAAGGAACUGGACGUCAGUGAUAACAAAAUCAUGGCCGUCUGGCCUAAAGCCUGGGCAAACCUAACGUCGAAAAUUGUCGUAAGAGCCUCCGAGCAGUCAGCGUACAAAAAUCGCGAGGCACGAGAACGGCCGACGGAUAAAGUGGCGGAAACCCAAAUGAGUCCAAAGGCCGGGAGGAAAGGGCUGAAAGGGAAAAAGUCCGUGGCACCGAUAGGCACCCCGCCAUCAAAACCCAGAUCGAUGAAAUCUGCCCCUCCCAAGUCAUCGUGACGCGUUGAUGGAGAAAUGAAGAGUUUCAAUCGUCAGAAACAUAUAUAUGUAGAAUUAGACGUUAGUUCGCCUAUCUAUAUGUACACCCCUUACUGUGCUAUCGUCGUUUUUCUCGACUCGAUCACCCGUGUAAGGCGACACGCGACCUACGAAUACCACUCCAUGUCUAACGGACCCUUCGUGUCUGGCUGUGGAAAAGCUUCGCCAAAACAUCGCGGUGCUGUAAGACUUAGAUGCGUAGUGGACAGUUGGCCAUCGAGUAAACAACGGACGGAACGUGACAGUAUAAAGGUCUCGGUAGCGUUACCCCUCAAUCAUAUAACCAGUCAUACCACCAGAAUAAUGGACAACAAUGACAAUGUUUAUGGUAACCCUUACCGAAGGUCAAGCAAUCCCAUCUCUGGUUUUGCCAUCCCAUUUCUCGACUCGCAUCACUUGUCAGGCGAGCGAUGUGCAGGAAGACUGUUUUGUGACGAGAAAAGGAAAAUAGACAUUUCUUCCUCUUCCCCUCUCCAUCCAUCCUCUCUUCAUCCCCUCCCUUUAUUACCCCCUUCCAUACUCAAGUGACACACCAAUGACACAUUAGUCCUCUAAAAGAAGUUUUACUGCAAUACCAGAAUUCGUUGACAAGAUCUCCCAAACGAAACAGUGGACAGCAAUGUCGGUGUCAUCGGGACGCCGCGGCAAUGGUUGGUUUCUACCUCAGAACGUUCUCCAUGGUUUCUGCAAUACCUUCAAUUGGAAUUAUCGGCUGAUAUUUGUGAAGUUUUGCAAAUGUACAAAAUUGUCGGCUUAUUUCAUCGUGUCUCAUUUGUUGACAAAGUUAUGUUCAUAAGGUUAUAUUUUAAUUUUAAGAAAUGUCCCAUGUUUCAAAUAUGUGCUGGUAAUGCUCAACUCAUUUUCUUUCUACACUGUGCGAAAUUUUCCCAGUAUGUAAAAUUCGAGUUUGCAUAAGUUUUUUUUAAACAGCGAGUAGACUUAAUGGUGAAGUCAGAGUUUGGAAUAUAUAUAUGUAAAGGGGACAGUUAUAUAUAUCGUCUUAACUUUUUAUAUGAAUGCCCUAGAUAUACUGUAGUGUAUAAUGGAAUAUCAUUAGCUGGUUAUAUUAAGUGACGAUAUCAGUAGCAACUGGUCAAUUAAAACAUUGGCAUGGCUUGGGUAAUGUUACCUAAUUUAUAAAAAUAUGUGUAUAGUAUUUGGCCGGUUUGUAAAAAUUUGGUUAUAAUACUUAAAACGAUUGGACAAUUUGAAUAAUUGAGACAUAUAAGAGUUAUGUUUGGUAGAUAAUGUUAUAUAUUAUUGCGAUUUACAUUAGAUUUAUUAUUCUAUAGAAGUCUUGAUAUUUACUAUUUCACAAAUCUCGCCUUUUAAUGCUUUAAGUCUUUACGAAAUUAGUGGUGCUAUCUACAUAAAGCAUUAAGCUUGUUUAUUUUUUAAGAUCUCGUUCAUUCAGACGCUUUGAAUUCCAGAAGGAUUUUUUGGUUAAAAAGAAGGAAUCAAUGACAUACGUUGAAUUUCUGAAAAAGAUACCUAACGUACGGAAGUUAAGGCUCUAACAUAAAGUAUGUGGACUUUUCUGGUCAUUUUCAUUUGUUUUCGGAAUAAUGAGAUCUUACACCAGUAUAUACUAUAAAUGAUUGCAUUGAUAUUUGUGUAGAUUUUAUGCGUUCAUUUUUGUUGCAUAUUUCAGUUUGCAAUGCAUAUUCGUUUUGAUUUUAGUUCGUUCCCUGUGUCUGUUAUACAACUAAUACAGAAAACGCUUGACGUUAUGAUUUCCGGAAAUUACUGAUAUUAUGGAAAAUUAUUUCAAAUUUUCAUAAUCAUCUUAGAGAUGCCUUCAUAUAUAAGAUCCUUAACUUAAGGAGUUAUGUUAUGUCCGGGAGACUUGGACUGGAAAUAUUACAGAAAUUAGGAAAAUUUCAUAGACUUUUUAUCUUCUAUAUGAAACGAAACUUGUUGCCAACCAAUAAUAUUGUAAAACGUAUGGAUUUCAUUUUCAAAAUAAUUUUGCAUGCAUAUGCUAUCGACAUCUACAUGUAUAUUCUUUUUUAUUAGUUAAAGUAUACCUGGCUGCUUCUGAAGUCUGUCAUACAUGUAUAUACUGUAACCAUACAUAUUUAAGCGGUAAUCUUAUUUUAGCGAUUCCGCGCUUAAAUCAUUGUGGUAAAUUGUGAUUGUGCUAAUAAAAAGUCAUCAUAUCUUUAUGACAUGAUAUUGAAGAUGCGUCAAUUCAUCGAUGCGCAAAUUUGUUCAAUAUUCGAUAAUGUGCUUAAAUGUGAGCUCGCAAAAAUAUGUACGUGUACAGUAUACUUAAACGCAUGUACUUGUUUAUGUUAGUGGGCUAUUUUAAGUAGCCUGACAUCUUCACGUAAUAUAAUAUAUUGCUCCGCUCCCAUUGGUACCAUAUUAUCAGACAUGGUGCUAAUAAUACUGAUUUAUGGAAAGUCUUUUUAAUGAGUUCGAAUCUUCUGUUAAUCUAUCAUUCUAAACCGUCUUAUUUUAUAGACUUUAGGAUUUCGAGUAAACUUUUAAUGAAUUUUAAUUUCUUAGAUCAAGUUACAAUCUUAAAAGGGUUACCUUGUUUCUUGUUUUUUCAUCUGACUUUCCUCUUCAAAUGAAAUGAAAUGGUUUUAUUUUUCAUAUGAAAAUACCAAAAAAUGCUACCUGCUGAUUAUUGUGUACAUGUACAAUCUUCCUAUACAACCAGGUAUCGCUGGUAUCAGACAAACUACGAUUUUAAAACACCUAGGUAGAAGUUAACAAUUCAUUUAAAACAUUUUUUUUCUAAAUUAUUCUUAUAAAAUGUAUAUCUGUAUACGUAUAUUAUUUACCGCCUUUAGUUUAAUUAGCCUUUUAGACUUUUCUGGUCGACAUAAACUUGGUCAAUGUCUUAAGGGCUUCUCUUUGUAUAGUCUGCAUUUUAUUGUUUUAAGUUUAGAAUGGAUUAUAUAUAUACAAAACCAAAACGCUGUGAUACAAUUUAAUUAGUAGAUAUACAUGUACUAUUUCUUGUUAAUAAAGUUUUAGAUAACUUUCGAA